CACGCUCCCUGCCUGUGCUCUCUCUCUCUCUCUCUCUCUGAUCCUGCGCUCCGGCAGCUGUCACAGCCUUUAGGGCUCUCUGUCCCGCUAUGUCCAGGGGUCUGAUUCUGGCACUGCUGCUCCUCUCCUCCUCCCCUGCACUCAGCUGGGCGGACACCCAGGAGGAGGACACUAAUGAAAGUGUGACCGAACUUGUGAUUGAGACAUUGGAAAAGCCUGAGACUUGCGUAGAGACAGUCACUCAUGGGGACACCAUUCAACUUCACUAUACGGGAAAACUAGAUGAUGGACGUGUAAUUGACAGCUCUUUAUCGAGGGACCCACUUGUGGUUGAACUUGGAAAGAAGCAGGUGAUACCAGGUCUGGAACAGAGUCUCAUAGGCAUGUGUGUUCGAGAGAAGCGCAAAGUAAUUAUCCCUUCUCACUUGGCUUAUGGCAAAAGAGGAUAUCCUCCGUCUAUACCAGGUGAUGCAGUCCUUCAAUUUGAGACGGAGGUGAUAUCUUUGUCCAAGCCAACACAGUGGCAGACACUAGUGAAUGAUGUUCUACCCCUGCUAUGCAUUGGCUUGGUACCUACUUUGCUAGCACUCAUUGGGUACCACCUUUACGCCAAAGCUAAAUCUCCUGCUGUGUCCAAGAAGAAACUGAAAGAGGAGAAAAGGAAUAAAGCCAAAAAGAAAUAAACGAUUUUAACUUUCUAA